AAAGAAGGUUGUACUACUUUGAUAGAGGUCAGAGUGUGCAGCAGGCGAGGCAGGGGAGCACUGUUUUCAAACAUCUAAUUUUGAGAUAAGUGCCGUUUUUUAACACAUACCUGAGGAAUGUGGUUAAUGCAAUGUUGACCUUCUGAAGAUGACAGUGAGCAAACCUCUCUUAGGUGCUGAAAUGACACGAGUGCUCUUUAUCCUCCUGCUGAUGAGUAACGCUUCUUCAGUCUCCUCACAGUUUAAUGGAUACAACUGUGACGCCAACUACCACAGCAGGUUUCCGGGUGAGCGGGACAUCAGUGUGUACUGUGGGGUUCAAACCAUCACCUUGAAGAUCAACUUCUGCCCGGUGCUUUUCUCCGGCUACACUGACGCAGAUUUGGCCCUGAACGGUCGCCACGGUGACGCCCAAUGCCGAGGCUUCAUUAACAACAACACCUUCCCCACAGCUGUCCUGUUCAGCAUCAGCCUCAGCACUCUGGAGGCCUGCGGUAACAGCUUGGUGGUCAGCACAGCGUACGGUGCCAAUGCCUAUGGGAACAUGUCUCUGGUGCAAAUUGGGAAUGUCUCAGGCUACAUCGACACCCCUGACCCGGCAUCUAUAAUCAGCUACCUGCCCGGUUUGUUGUAUAAAUUCAGCUGCAGCUACCCGCUGGAGUACCUGGUCAAUAACUCACAGCUGGCAUCCUCCUCUGCUGCUGUAUCUGUCAAGGACAGCAACGGUACAUUUGUGAGCACGUUGAGUAUGAUCCUGUAUAAUGAUUCAACAUACAAUCAACCUCUCUCUAUUCCCAUGGCUGGACUGGCUCUGAAAACCAGAGUAUUUGCUGCUGUGAAAGCCACAAACUUAGACAAACGGUGGAACAUCUUGAUGGACUACUGUUACACAACCCCCUCAGGGAAUCCUAAUGAUGAACUCCGCUAUGACCUUUUCUUUGGCUGCUAUAAAGACCCGCAGACGACGGUUUUCGAGAAUGGGAAGAGUCAGAUGGGCCGUUUCUCCUUUGAGGUUUUCCGUUUUGUUAAACACAGACACCAGAAGAUGUCGACCGUGUUUUUACACUGCGUCACCAAGCUUUGCCGGGCAGACGACUGCAUAAUGCUCAUGCCAAUUUGUGGGCGACGGCGCAGGCGGGAUGGAGAGGAGAGCCUUGAUUCCCGACCGGCUGCAUCUGGGAAUGCCGUCAUCACCGCUGGACCAAUCAUCACCAGGAGUGAUGAAACUCCUGUGAACAACUCCCAACUUGCAUCUGGAGACUCCUUCCAUACAAUGAACCCUGUGACCAGUGCUCUGAUCUCAGGUGUGGUUAUCCUGGGUGGAGUCAGCGUGGGCUUCGUCCUGCUGUCACUUCACCUCCUGCAGAAGUCCCGCCUCCCAGCGUCCACGGUCUCAGGUGUUUGGAACCCCAGCUUUAAAUGAAUAAACAUCUGUAUGAAAUAAAAUCUUUGAGUAAUACCUUCUGUUACAGCCCAUGAUUUACAGGGUAAUUUUAUUGUACGAGUCAGGUAGUUUAAAAUAAGAUGCUUAUCAGUUCCUACUUGUACUGAAAUGUAGGUACAGUAGAAGAAAACAUGACUUUGGGUAACAAGAGAGUAAGAUAAGAUAGAUAAGAUAAGAUAAGUUAAGUUAAGAUAAGAUAAGAUAUACUUUAUUGUCGCUGUGGGGAUAUUUGUGUUGGGCACAAGUGCUACAUACAGCUGCAUACAGGCUAGAUACAAAAUAGGUACAAUCUCCAUGACACAGAGUAAGCAUAAUGCACAAAUGUGUGAAUGUGUCCCUAGAGUAUACACUAUUCCUAGAUGAUAAAAAAACAGAGUGGAAAGUGGAACAUAUCUAAAAGAAUGACAACAAUAAAAAGGUGAAAAAUGAGUGUGAAAAAGAGGAAAUGUUGAUAAAUUACAUAUCCAAAUGAAAUAAAACAAGUUGAAUAAUAUUACACUGAGAAGUAAUAAUUGGACGUUUUAGAGGAAAGUAGAAAUUCAUUAUUCUAGAGAGCAGGAAACAGCUACACAUUACAAUAAUGACUGUUAAUGAGAGAAACUACAAUUUGUAUUUUUCAUCACAGAGUAAGGAUAAGGACUGUGGACUGCAGUAUAAUGUGCAGCUGUUCUGUCUUUAUUACAUAUACUUUAAAAGUCUUGUCAUUUUCCCCAAGUUCAGUUUUGUUUCCCUGUGGGUGCCUAGUAUUUACAGAGACACUUAAUGUAAUAAUGUAUUUCUCCUUUCCGCUAAAAUGCUCAAUUGUUGUUCCAUGUUCCACAGAGUCUUGUUUUCUUCCACUGUACCUACAUUUAAAAAUCAGUAGCAACUGGUCAGUAUUGUUUGUACCUCAUUCAUACAAUGAAAUUACACUGUAAUUUAAUGCCCUGUAUUAUAAAAUUCUACUCACUACUACUACUGACAGUAUGUUGGGUUACAUAGACUUAAACACACCGACACUUUGCAUGUGUUUCUAUUGUGUGGCUGUUACAGUGUGCAUGUGUGCUUUCCUCUAUACACACAUUAUUAAAUUCAUAUUGUAUUGUUUUAGGUCUUGUAUAUUUAUUACCUUCAAUACCUCAUCAUAUUGUUUCGUCAAUAACAGUUCAACAAACAACAGUUUUUUACAUUUCCUUUUACACCAUGAGUUAAUGAAAAAAGCAAAAUUAGAGUGAAAUCAAAAUAUAUGUUUUGUGUGUUUUUUGUUUUAAUGUCAAAAUGUAUAGCUGUUUGUAGUAGUAUAACCUUGUACAAUAAUAAAACAACAAAUAAGCAUUAUGCAGUGUUUAAAAACAAAACAAGAAAGUUGAUUUAUUGUUGUAUGUUUUAAUUCAGUUUCAAGCUUUGAGAAGUUUGAGAAAUAUGUUUAGGGUAUGUACAUUCUUUGUAUCUGGCUGUAAAACACUUUGUAAAACAUGUAAACUUUAUUAAAGAAUAUUUGAACAUGUUAAGAAAUUUUCGAUUAGAAGAUUGACACCACUCUGGUGACUGUACGCUGGCUAUGAAUCUCCAAAGUGUAAAAACAGGAAGUUGUGGUUCUA